AUGCCGAGUGAUGGACCUUCUCUCAGGCUAUCUGAUAAUUUCUAUUUGUGUGAAGGAUGCGUUGUACCCCGUUGGAUACUAUAUGAAUUGUAUAUGGAAAGCUGCAGUCCAGAUUCCAAGUAUCAAGUAAAUUCAGCCAUCUUUGGAAAGCUUAUUCGGUUAGUUUUCCCAGGUCUGGGGACAAGAAGGCUGGGCAAAAGAGGGAGUGCCAGGUAUCAUUAUUCUGGAAUAUCUAUCAGGGAGAAUUCUUCCUUUUACGCACGUUAUUGCUCUCUUCUGUCUGAAAAAGAUUAUCACAGGCACCGCUCUCCGGGGGAAGCCAGCAGCUCUGCCCUGCAUCCAAGCACUUCUGUGGGCACUAGUGGAAAUGCCUGCAGUUCUGGAGAUGCAGCUGGUUACAAGAGCUGUAGCGAAACAAAUUUGCACUGUUCUCCACCUGUCACUUAUCUGAAGACUGAACAAGAGAGAUUUCAGUACCCUUGGCCUGAAUUCAGCACAUUCUAUCUUUGCGAGCAAGAACCAGGGACGAAAUACCCCUACGAAAUGGUGGUGCUGCUUGCCAAUGAGUACUACAGCCAUUGUCAGGAUAUCUUACACAUGGUGAUGAUGAAAGAACUUGACAAGGUGAAAGACUGUAUCAUGUCAUUCUGGAGGUCUCUGCAGCCUGAAAAAGUAGCACUGAUGUCCUUGCCAGAUGUAUUCCAGCUGUUCAAAAGCUACGAUAGGCAGCUAUUCAAGGAAAUUGAAAACAUUCUACUUCAAGAUUUCCUGGAGGAGGUGCCUGUGCAACAAAUGACGUCAAUCAGAUCAUUCAGUGAAAACAUUGGACUUUGGCUGCUUAAUGCUUUGGCAGGGUUUCCAUUACUGCUCCAAACGUCCAAAUCCAAAGAAGUUGCAUUGUUUAAAAAAAGACUCAAGAGAAAGACAGACCUUUCUAACAUGGCUAAGACAAUGAGAACAGUCUUGAACAGCAACAGGGAAGUCACUGUUCUGCGAUCAGACUUGCAUGCCAUCAUCAAUCAGGGAUUUCUGCAUGUGCCUGGAAGCCACUUUCAAAGGAAGCUGAGGAAUCCAGAGGAGCUACAGAAUGACAUAGGACUCAAAUGUCUGAAUGACUUAAUACCAUUGCUGGCACCUUCUACAGAUAUUCGGGUUCUCCUGAACUCUGUGUCUUCAAAUCUUCAGGCUUUUGUCAUUCAGCCAAGUAGGAGUAAAGAGGAGUUUAGAAAACUGGCAUCAGAUUUCCAGUUGAGAUGGAACUUUCUACUGAGUGCCAUAAGCAAGGACAUAACCCUCAAAUGCGCAAGCAGUUUUGGAAACUGGCAUUUGCUUAAUUUGCUACUGACGGAUUAUGUGGCUCACAUUUUCCUGUCCUAUAUCGAAGAGGAGGGAGAUGAAAGUUUCUGGAUUGCAAAGCAAAAUUACUCCCCUGUUCUGUUGGUUUAUGAGCCCAGCCAUCUCAGUAGCUAUGUUGCAGAGGAGCAACCUGAAGUCAAUUCUCCACAAAAAGCUCCCAUAAUGUUGAUGCAGAGCCAGAACAAUUUUGGAUUAAGCAACGUUUUUCCAGAGUUCUGA